CUCCGGGGCGCCAGCGGCCCGCGGCCCGGUGACCAGAAGCUGCAGGGGCGCGGGCGGGCGGCGCCCGGCUCACCCCUCCCCGCAGCGACGGUGAGGGCGGGCCAGCACCCGGAAGAGGAGCCAUCACCACCGCCGCCCGCCUGACUUUCCCAGCAAGCAGGCGGGCAGGGACAGAGGCAAGCAGGCGCCAUGCUGCAGUUCCUGCUUGGUUUUACUCUUGGCAAUGUGGUUGGGAUGUAUCUGGCUCAAAACUAUGAAAUUCCUAACAUCGCAAAGAAGCUUGAGGAUUUUAAGAAGGAUGUGGAAGCGAAGAAGAAACCUCCCAGUGACAAGUCCUAAGAGAUCAGUGUUACCUAGGUCACCUCUGUGCACGCAUCAAGGAUGCAAUUUACCUUUCAGGCAACAAAGGUCAAGAAGAGGGUUGAUGUGGGAGGUUCCUCUGCUUUUAGUCUCCUAGAACUGGAAUGUCCCUCUUCUGAAAGAGCAGUCAUGAACUUUCCCUGGGACUCAUUUUCAAGGGUUUCAGAAUUUGGAUUUGCAACUGAUAUGUGACUGAAUGAGAUCCUUUGUACUUUUCGUUAUUGCUUUUCCUAAUAUUUUGUAACCCGUUUUUACCUGAUCCAACUGGAGUCCUGUUAGUCCUGUUAUUGUGUGUACCUGACACUUUGUAAUACCCUAGUUCUUAAAGUAUCACCAAAGAAAUUAAAUGCAUCAAGAAGUAA